GCGUUUUACAGCAUUAUUAUUAUUAUAAAUUUAUAUAAUCCUCCGUCUUUGCAGAUUCUUACCCAACGCCAACGCAACUUGCUUUCAACUUUUCUCCAAACAAUCACCAGCCCUAUAUAUAUUACAAAUCCAACCCAAAUUUCCAUACAUAAAAGUCUUUGAAUUUUCUUUUCAUCUUCUUCUUCCAGUUAUGGAGUGUAGGACUUUGGAUCUUGUAAUCAAGUCCGCGAAGGACUUGAAGGAUGUCAAUCUUUUCUCCAAGAUGGACGUCUACGCCGUCGUCAAGAUCGACGGCGACCACAACCUCAAAUCCUCUAAGCACAAGACACCCACCGACAAAGAUUGUGGGACAAGCCCGAAAUGGAACUUCCCUGUCCAGUUCACUGUCGACAACGCCGCCGCACAGCAGAACCGCCUCACCCUCGUCGUCAAGAUCAAGUCCGAUCGGAGCUUGGGGGAUAAAGAGAUCGGCAAAGUCAACGUCCCUAUCAAGGAACUCUUGGACGUUUUCGGAGAAGCCAAGGAAGCGAAAAACGUGAGCUAUAGCGUCACCACUCCGUCCGGGAAGGUGAAGGGCACACUGGAUUUGUCGUACAAGUUCGGGGAAAAGUUUACCGCCCCUGAGCAGCAUAAGAACAAGCAUGCGGAGCCGGCGCCUGCGUACCCGGCUGGAUAUGCGGCGGGAUCUAGUGUGGCCGCAGCGUACCCUCCACCCGGAGCAUACCCUCCUCCUGCGUAUGCGCACCCGCCUCCGCCAGGUGGGUACCCACCUCCAGCUGGUGCGUACCCACCACCACAACCAGGAGCAUAUCCACCGGUGGCGGCGGGAUAUGGAGGGUACCCACCUGGGGGAUACCCGCAGUAUCCACAGUACCCACCACAAGGUGGAUACCCCCCGCAGACCGGGUACGGGUACGGCGGGUACCCGGCACCGGUGCAGCAGCCACAGAAGUCGAAGAUGGGUGGGGUUGGGGGGAUGGCGUUGGGAGCUGGAGCGGGAUUGCUGGGUGGGUUGAUUAUUGGAGAUAUGAUCUCAGAUGCUACAGAUGGCGGCUUUGACGACGGCGGCUUUGAUUUCUAGUUGUUGUUUUUAUUUAAAUUUUGUCGUUCAAUUUCGUUUCAGAUAGAUAAUGGAUUUCUGGGUAUCUGUAAAUGGGAAGCAUGAGUAUGGCUGCGUGAUAAUUUCUUGCCAUACUAAAUAAAUUUGACGUAUUUUCCAUAUCUGAUACAAUUA